CUCUGCUAUUCACUACACUGUCGUUUAUGUUAGCAGCACUGAUGAUACUAUAUAAUUCAUUCGUCUGCUUCCAACUGAUAAGAUGAUUUCCCUCAUAUAAACAAUUUAAAAUUCUGUGAGAUGUAGUUGUGGCUUAAAUAUUAUUAACACUUACUCUGAUGUUAUUUACCAUUGAAAUAUUUCAAAUCAAACCGUUGAAAUCAAAUAAAAACACCAUGACCCUAACAUUUCAUAAAUGUCUAUUAAUUUAGAUAGAACAAUGUCUUAUACUGAACUUGAACAUGGGUAUCAAGGUUUAAGAAAAGCUAGACCUUCUUUUUAUGUUGGCCAUGAAACAUCUUCCAUUAUAAGAAGUACCACAAAGGUCAAUUAAGAUGGUAGAUCCCGUCGGAAUUCCGCAUAUUUUUAUUACGGAUGCUGAUGGUUCAGCAGAGAAUUAUUGGUUAAUGAUAAAGGAUGGCUCAGGGGAAGUUGAACCUUUGCCUCUGCUCCGGGACACAUGUUCGUCACGGCAGUUACCUCAAUUGUAUCCGGGCAUACCUUGGCCCUCACCGAAUGCAAAACAAUGAAGAUGAAGACGAAGAAGAGGAUGGAGGGAAACAAGUGGUUGUGGGGAUCUGUGCGAUGGCAAAGAAGUCUGAAUCAAAGCCAAUGCGGGAAAUACUUACUAGGCUUCAAGAAUUUCAGUAUAUACGAGUGCACGUAUUUCCUGAGGAUGUCAUAGUUGAGAAACCCGUUGAGGAGUGGCCAUCUUGUGACUGCCUAAUAUCUUUUCACUCUAAGGGUUUUCCUUUAGAAAAGGCUAUUCAAUAUGCUACGCUCACUCAACCUUAUGUCAUCAAUAAUCUCCACAUGCAGUAUGAUAUUCAGGACAGAAGAAAAGUCUAUUCAAUUUUGGAGAGCCAGGGCAUUGAAAUACCAAGAUAUGCUGUAUUGGACCGGGACUCUUCAGACCCAAAACACCAUGAGCUUAUAGAAUCAGAAGAUCAUGUUGAAGUGAAUGGUGUCGUUUUUAAUAAACCAUUUGUAGAAAAGCCAGUUUCUGCUGAAGACCACAAUAUUUACAUUUAUUAUCCUACAUCAGCUGGGGGUGGUAGUCAACGCCUGUUUAGAAAGAUUGGAAGUAGGAGUAGUGUUUAUUCACCAGAGUCCAGGGUAAGAAAGACUGGUUCCUUCAUUUAUGAAGAUUUUAUGCCUACUGAUGGGACAGAUGUUAAGGUCUACACAGUUGGCCCAGACUAUGCACAUGCUGAAGCUCGUAAAUCACCAGCCCUGGACGGUAAGGUGGAACGGGACAGUGAAGGAAAAGAAAUCAGAUAUCCAGUUAUAUUAAGUAAUGCUGAAAAAUUAAUUUCACGAAAAGUAUGCCUUGCUUUUAAGCAAACAGUUUGCGGUUUUGAUCUGCUCAGGGCGAAUGGAAAGUCUUUUGUAUGCGAUGUUAACGGAUUCAGUUUUGUUAAAAAUUCCAAUAAAUAUUAUGAUGACUGUGCCAAAAUAUUGGGUAAUAUGAUCCUCCGUGAAUUAGCGCCAACUCUUCAUAUUCCAUGGUCUGUUCCUUUUCAACUUGAUGAUCCUCCCAUUGUUCCUACUACAUUUGGUAAAAUGAUGGAGCUGAGAUGUGUUGUUGCAGUGAUUCGACACGGUGAUCGAACUCCUAAACAGAAAAUGAAAGUAGAAGUGAGGCAUCCAAAAUUUUUUGAAAUAUUUGAGAAGUACGGUGGUCGCACAGAUGGUCAUGUAAAACUUAAACGCCCUAAACAGUUGCAAGAAGUUCUUGAUAUUGCUCGUUACCUGCUGACUGAAAUAGAGCAUCGAGCUGCUCCAGAAUUAGCAGAAAAACAGGCAAAACUAGAACAACUUAAAAGUGUUCUUGAAAUGUAUGGACAUUUCUCUGGUAUUAAUCGUAAAGUCCAAAUGAAAUAUCAACCAAAAGGAAGACCUAAAAGUUCCAGUAGUGAUGAUGAUGGACCGCGAGAACCCAGUCUAGUAUUAAUAGUUAAAUGGGGAGGAGAACUUACCCCUGCUGGAAGAAUCCAAGCUGAGGAACUUGGUCGAGUGUUUCGUUGCAUGUACCCUGGGGGUCAAGGUAGACACUACACUGGUGAAUAUGCUGGUACACAAGGUUUGGGUCUCCUUCGUCUUCAUUCAACGUACAGACACGAUCUUAAAAUAUAUGCUUCUGAUGAAGGGAGAGUACAAAUGACAGCUGCUGCCUUUGCGAAAGGUUUGCUUGCAUUAGAAGGAGAACUUACUCCGAUUCUAGUGCAGAUGGUGAAAUCUGCUAACACCAACGGCUUGUUGGAUAAUGAUUCGGAUGCUUCAAAACAUCAGGAAGUAGCAAAGACACGUCUUCAUGCUCUUCUGCAACAGGACCAUGAUUUUACUCCGGAAGAGAGAGCAUUGAUUAACCCUUGCAACGCCAUAUCUAUUAAUUUAGCAUUGGAUUUUGUUAAAAAUCCUGUUAAAUGUUGUGAACGUGUUCAAGUUUUAAUACAAAAAUUAAUGAAUAUAGUUCGUUUAAAGAAAGAUGAUCCUAAAACAAAAGAUGCAACUCUCUACCAUGGUGAAACAUGGGAACUGAUGGGAAGAAGAUGGGGUAAAAUUGAAAAAGAUUUUUGCUUAAAAAAUAGAACAUUUGAUAUUUCAAAAGUACCUGACAUUUAUGAUUGCAUUAAGUAUGAUCUUCAACAUAAUCAACAUACUCUGCAAUUUGAUCAAGCUGAAGAACUGUAUAUACAUGCAAAAUAUCUUGCAGAUAUUGUCAUUCCACAGGAAUAUGGCAUGACCCCUGUUGAAAAAUUAGCUAUCAGUCAAGGAAUUUGUACUCCACUCCUUAAAAAAAUUAGAGCUGACCUACAAAGGAACAUUGAAGAAAGCGAAGAAAAUGUGAAUCGUUUGAACCCACGAUAUUCCCAUGGUGUUUCUAGUCCAGGAAGGCAUGUUCGCACAAGGCUUUACUUCACUAGCGAAAGUCAUAUACAUUCCUUGUUAACUGUCCUUCGAUAUGGCGGGCUGAUUUCUAUGGACAGAAGACAUCUUAGAGUUACCCAAAAGGGAUUAGAUCCGAAGGAUGAACAAUGGAGAAGGGCGAUGGAAUAUGUCAGUAUGGUCUCAGAACUCAAUUAUAUGUCUCAAGUUGUCAUACUUCUUUAUGAAGACCCCACAAAAGACCCGAACACUGAAGAAAGGUUUCAUGUUGAACUUCACUUUAGUCCUGGUGUUAACUGUUGCGUCCAAAAGAACUUACCACCCGGACCUGGCUUCCGACCGCAUUCAAGAAAUGAUCGUCCCGCUUCUUCUGAUGAUUCUCCCUCGGAAUCGCCCGGACCUUCUUCCCCUGUUGCCGCAAGGAAGCCUGCCAUUCAAACUGUUCAGCCUUCUGAACCUAUACCAAUCAAGUCGCAGACUUCAUCUGAUGAAUGGGACGAAACUGUUAGAUCGUUAAAAUCUAGAGGAAGUCCUGCAGCCACGCAGGAACAAAGAUCUAGAUCUUAUGACCAUUGGUCUAGGUCGAUACAGCCUCCUGCUCGAUUAAGCGCAAGGAGAUCUCGUACAUCAGUCACUAGUGGUCACCAGUAUCCGCUAGGAAGAAACUCGUCGGCAUCCAGCGUCUUCUCAACAGCUGUAAUCUCAGGAGCAGCUAGUGCACCAAAUCUUACUGACAUUGUUCCUAAUACUGCAUCUCUUUCAGAGGGAUGUGGUGGAGUACCCCCUAUUAGGCCACUUGAAACUCUUCAUAAUGCACUUUCUUUACGGCAGCUUGAUCUUUUCUUGGAUAAGGUCACUAGAGCUAUGAAGACACCUGCAUCAUCUCCUCCUAAAUGUCCUUCGACUCCUCAAGAAUGUUCUCCUAAUAGUAUGGGGUGGUCAGAUCCUCCUAGCUUUGUUUCUAGUAGUGGAGCUUCUUCUCCUGCUCCUCUUCCAGAUUUUUUUGUAGCAAACAGUUUCAGACACCCAGGUGGAUUCAAUAGUAGCUAUUUUGAACAUCGAGAUAGCAUUGAAGUCGCAGAAUUAUAUAGUAGAGCUCUUGACAACGCUCACUUUGCUCCUAUAUCUGAUGAAGUUAUAAUUGGAGACAGCGGUGAAGUUACUCCUGUAUCAGAAGCAAGUGAAGAGGAUUUUUGUUCCGAAACGCUCCUUCAGGAAUCUGAUACAACAGUUGUACCCAUAGAUACUGUUAGAGCAAAACUAUCGGAUAUAUGUUGGGAUAAUGAAAAGUUGGAAGAAAAAAAGGCAGGACGGUUUGUGUGCACCAGCGUUUCUGAGCCAAGUGCAGCAUGGGCUCGGAUGGAAGAAGGCCCUGGAUCAUUUAAGGCAUGGCGAGAAAUGGCAUUUAAAACAGAUGAGACUGAUGAAAUUGUUGUCCCUCCAGUAACAGUGGCUGGUGAAGAUAAACCCACUACUACAAUUGGCUUUCAAGUUGUUAAAGAUAAAUAAUUUAUGUUUUCAUUAUCUUUGACUACUUAAAAUACAACUGUGCUUACAGUUCCUGAUUUUAGAUUAUAUAUUUGCAUUUUAAAUUGUUAAUUAAAUCUUAUUAUUUUGUAUUAUUUGAUUUCUUAAAGUUAAAAUAAAUGUACAUAUUUUUAUAGUAUUGUCCUUUGUUCAUGAAGUUCAAAUGAUAGUUUAAAUAAAAUAUUGUUGUGCUCAUUUCAGCAGUUUUUAGUCUUGCAUUGUCAUAUGUCUCCUCACUACCACUUUAACAUUGGAAUUACACAAAGAAAUUAGUAUUGUUUUGGAAGAAUCACCUUAUUACUUUUUUUUUUUUUUUUUGUUAAUUUUAC